GGACCUCAUCCUUAAUGGACAUAUUACUAAGGCGGAGGAGAAAAAGAGAAGUGUGAUGAAGGAACGGGAUGGGCUGGCCGAGAGAACCGCGAAACUUGAGGAAACUCUGAAAAGGAUCUGGGAUGUUGAGAGGAGUUCGACGAUGGAGGACAAUAGGGUGGAUAGGGAUGGCUAUGACCCAGCACUCAUGGGAAUCAUGGGGGAUGAGGAGGAAGAGCUGAGACAGCUGCUGGACAACCAGCCCCCACUGCCUCCUCCACCAGGAGGUGAAGGGAUGGACGGUGGACAAAACAGGAACAAUGGUUUUGUCCCUAAAGCUUCAGCCCAAUGGGUAGAGGAAAAAGCUAGACGACGACAGGAUGGGGUCUGGGUGCAGGGUGGCUUCAAUCAUCUGGCCCCAAUCAACAUCAAGGGCUGGAAGUUCCUCGCUGAUCUUUCGAAGAGCAAGGUUGAGGAGUGUCGAAGGAAAACCCUGGCCGGAGUUUUGGACUAUGCUAACAACACCCCGCACUUUGGCGGAAAGCUUACCUUCCCUACGCUGAGUGAACUGGACCCCACUAAGCGCGUCUACGCUAACCCUGUGGUCAUGCAGAAGAUGAUUACUUCGUUCCUCACCCUUGAUAUCAUGAAUCUACGCAAAGUUUGGAACGUGGGGCGUCCGUACCUAAAGUGUAGAUGUGGGUUUAGGAAUGUUCGUACAUGUAAUGGUGGUCCGAUCUGGUUCGACCAUGCGAUCUGGUUCCUCUUGGCGAAGCAUGAGAUUGUGAAACCAGAAGCUGGCUCAAACCGGGUUAGGAUCGCCUUCCUCCUCCAUCACCUGAGGAAUUCCUGGAGGGAGCUUGCCAAAGCCUCCGUCACAUUCAUAUGGAUGCGCGAGGUGAUGCUGACAGUGCUACGUAAUCUCGAACGCAAUCCGGAGCUGAUGACUGCGGAUGCCCUCACCGGGACGGGAGACACUGCGGAUCUGAUACUAGGACAACUCCCUGUUGCCCCUCUUCAAGUCCCAAUGGCGCUGGAACUGGGCAGGCGGAUUCCGGAGAUACUUCGUGUAGAGUAUGAUCCGGACAUCUUCCUACCUUGGCCUCCUGCUGGACCUACUGUGGUCAGGAUUGUCCGACCAAACAUAUGGGAGGCUCAGCGGAGUUCUGCGCAACCAGCUAUAGCCCUGGACAACCUCGCACUUGCCGACAUCUUAACUGCACAACCACAGAUUACGACUAUCGUCGGCAUCGUGCUUGCGGUGGAAUACAAGGGAGUGAUCAUCGGGGAGAUUCGUAGCUUUGGUACUAGAACGAAGGAGGGGAGAAUCGGUUGUGAUACUAGAUUAAGGGGGGUCUCUGGUGAUGACGCCUUCCCAGGUAAGCAGACAGGGGUACUCUGGCCAGCAAUGAAGACUGCUAUGGUGGAGAUAGCCUCCUCCGUGGUUACUACGCUGGACUUUGGUGAUGAUACGGGGGAAGCGAGUUUCUAUGGAUUUUCGGCGGACUUUUCGGACCGGAUUCGGACUAUUGUGGAACUAUUUCCAGAGUGGGUGGUAUUCUGUUUGCCAAACCAAGACACUGUGACACUCGCUACGAAACUCCAGGGGGUGCCGGUACGGAGACAUCCACCAAUGCUAUCGAUAUGCCUAUUGCAGCAGGGGAGGAUGGAGCAAGGAACUUUGCCAGCAACGCAGCCUUCUGCGGAAGAGGUGCCUAGCUAAUUCACUGAAUCAACUACGGAGGGACUAUUGGAGGAAGGGAGGAUUGGGAGUCUCUCAGGCCAGCAUGUCAUCACUACGGAUUACUUCAUUUCUCACCUCCCGCAGCUCAGACUCAUCCUGGCAUAUGGUCUGAACCAUAUUCUCACCGCAGAUCUGGAUGUUGAAGCUGCAGUCGGGGAAAUCUUACGUGUGCUUGAUGACACGAUGACACUGUACAGUAGGGAGUAUGAGUUAGCAGAGGAGGAGAUGAGCAAGGUUACGAGUAGAAUGAGACGACACUGUUUUGGUAAAUUUGUAGAAUAUAAACGGGGGCAUAAUAACGCUGAUGCUAUGGACAUUAACGAACACUAUCUGAGGCAUGAGAUUGAUUACAUCACUAAGUUCUUUUUCAUUGCUUGUAUGGAUAAGGCAUCCAGCACCCCGGUCAUCAUAUGUAAAGAUCUUGCCAGGCAGUUAGCAUUCGAAAGGCUGUCGGGACCAGAUUUUGAACUCCUGGAACCUGACUCAAACGAGAUGAUCCAGAUCAUGCGUAAGGAUAAUUUUCUGAAGUACCCAAUGGGACCUGAGAAAAUCCCGUACCUGAUGGCUAACUAUUAGAGCCAUAAGAAAACACACAGAUGAAUCACAAAUGCUAACCAAUGCAUGUUUUCCACCAUUGCUGAAAUCUGUGUUAAUGCCCUUGGUCUAAUUAGUACUGAAAUGCAGAAGUUUUGUGUGGAAAAAUCUCGCGUACUGAGAAGCUUGCACGACAUCAACGCGAACCUUUGGUGGCCGAUUGAUUCCAUCAACGAAUAUUGCCUGAACCUACCAGUUGCGGUUUUUUCGUUCUUCUCAGCAGAUAUUAGCUGAUGCUUUGAAACUAUCCCCACGGGUAAUUCAAUACAUGGGUUGAUCUCUGCGCUCUCCUUCUCAAUCAAGAAGGGCUUUGCUCACAGGUUGAGAACUGAAGGUGAUAAAUGCAUUAAGGUCUA